AUGGCGAAUAUUCCACAACUAUCUCCAUAUUCGAAUGAAUUUGGGUUAGUUCAAUACAUCAUGCAGAACCAACUCAACACACCGAAAUUCAAAAUAUCCGAAAUGUAUGAUAUUGGAGAAGCAAAACAAAUUAAUGAAUUCAAUUCAUAUGUUGAAAAGCUUCCAGUUGCAAAUAUCGUUGAUAUUUUCCUUAAUGUUAAAGAAUUAUCACAGCCAUUGGCUGAUAUUAUGCACCGCGGAAUUAAACUUCGUCAAAAAGGAGGGCUUAAGAUACGUGUAGGAUCUAUUAAACUCGAUGAGACAGCCAAAUCAUACCAAUACAUUCAUUGCAUUGUCGCUCUCGGCAACGUAAUUAACUUCCAACGUGAAGAUUGCGAAACUUCAGACGAAACAUACGCUACAGGCGAAGUACCAGAGAGCUACUUAGGCACAAAUCACUCAGUUCGUAUCUCCGCAGAUGGAGAAUACAUCAUUUACAAUCAAUCACAAAUCAAAAGCGUUCAUCUCGUUAGAUUCCUUGGUGGCGACAACGCAGCCUCAGAUAAGAAAGAAGUACACUACUGCUCAAACUGUGGUAAGCCAAAUGCCACUCUUUGGUGCGAACAAGACCAAGUAAAAUUAUGUACGAAAUGUGAUGCCGAAUUACACAACGGAAACAAACUCUUAAUGAAUCACAAACGUCGUCCAAUCUCAGAAGCAACCGCAGAAACCAUCCCUUGCCCACAUCAUCCAAGUUCAAUGUUGCAAUACUACUGCGAGAAAUGCCACAUGCCUGUCUGCAUGGAAUGUAAGAUCAGUGGCAACCACUCUAAAGGAGAGUUCCAGAAUCAUAAGCUUAUCCCACUCACAAAGGCUUACAACGACGGUUUGAAUUCCAUUAAAAAACUGUCGGCAAUUUUGAAUGGCCGAAUUUCGAAAUUGAAAGGAGAUUUGCAGACAGCGACCACCAGGCUCAAUACACUCAACGAGAACACGAGAGCUGUCGAAGCAGAGAUAAAUAGACUUGCACAAGAAGCAAUUACGCAAUUAAGGUUAUUAAGUGGUCGCAAAGCAACAACAAUCAAAUCAGUCAAAGCAGAGUUGCAAAGAAAACUCGAUGAAGUCGAGAAAUACGAAGAAAACAUCCAAUUCCAUAAAACUAAUUCUGAUCCUGUCACUUUUCUCAAUGCUUUGACACAUCGGAAUGAGAUUAUUGAUGAACUCAAGGCAGGAACAGAUAUUCCAUCACUUCCACGAUCAAACGACCAAUUUGCUGUUUACGGUAAAUUGGAAGUUUCAAAACUCGAUGUUGAUGACGAAAGUGAUUCCGCUGUUUCAGAAACAGAUGCAGGAAUGGAGCCAGAACCAGAUAACUCAGCAACAAUGUCCCGCGAAGUCACUCAGAACAGCCAGGACGAAGAGCCAGAAGAGUUCGAUGAAAGAUAUCUAAAACCACAAGAAAAGAAAGCUCAUUUCACAAAAUUGGCAAAAAUUGCCAGUAGAAAAGAGCAAAAAUAUUCAUCGAAAGGAAUGAAAUUAAACUUCCAGCCUUUCUUCGAAUCAAAGCUAGUUGUUGAUGCUGAAAUGCAACGUCGUCUUUACAUGUGUUUGCCAUUCAAAGAAAUGCCUGAAACACACAUGAUGUUUGCUACUUAUAGAGAUGGAAGAUCGAUACCGAAAUUGCAUAAAAUGAUUGAUAACAAAGGUAUAACAAUCAUUGUCGCAUCGGCAAAUGAUAGAUUGUUUGGUGCUUUCUGUGCUACAAAGUGGAAUUCCGAUGGAACUCCUUUCGGAAAAGGUUCUUCCACUUUCAUCUUUUCUUUGACUGAAGACGCUUUCAUUCCUAACCACGGACAGGCAGAAGAACAAAUCUGCAUGGUGGGAGAAAGAGAUAAGUUGGAAUUCGGUAACGGAGACUUAGUUUUCGCAGGAAAUUUCGAUGAAUGCCAUUCAGAACUCGAGAACUCUUACACAAUAGGAGUUGCUUAUGGAAGUGACACCGCAAUGAAUUUCCUGACUGGAGCUAAGGAUUUCGCGGUUGACGAUCUCGAAGUUUGGGGAUUUUUCGCUCCAGAAUAA